UAAUUACGCCGACAGGUCGUGCAUAUAUAAAUUCCCUUGUUACAAAGCCAUCUUCACAGUGACCAAUACGAUUGUAAUAUGAAGACAUUGGUAAUUUUGUGGACACUCAUCAACUGUGCUUUUUCUCAAAGUGGUGUCCGUCCAUUACGUCAAUCUCAACCACCUGGGCAGGCAGCUAAUAUAAUCAGAGAAUCCAAUGAAGUAAAUAUUGAUGGAUCUUAUCAAUGGAGUUUUGAAGCAGACAAUGGUAUUUCUGCACAGGAAUCUGGUCAGAUAAAAAACGCAAAUUCACAGGAUCCUAUAGAAGAAGCACAAGGUUCAUUUCAAUAUACUGGUCCUGACGGUGCAGCUAUUCAGCUCCAAUAUGUUGCUAAUGAAAAUGGUUUUCAACCACAAGGCGCUCAUCUUCCUGUUGCUCCACCUAUUCCAAUAGAAAUUCAGCGAGCUUUAGAUUGGAAUGCUGCACAUCCUGAAGAAGAAGAAGGUGGCAGGAAUUCUAGGAGACCAUGAUUUUCUAAUUACUUUACUAAAUGUUUCUUCUUCGCUUACUCGUGUACUUAUUUUUUGUUUGCAUUUUAAGUAGGUAUUGUACAUAAUUUUUAUUCUCGUUUCUAUAAAAUGUGAUAAAAAUA